AUGUAGUAAAGUGAUUAAAAGGCUUAACAGACUUUUUAAGUAUAAAAGCCUCAAAUACAGUCUGCAUCAUCCAAAGAAUAUUAGAGUGAUGCCCACUAUACCAAUCCAUUGAUAAAAAAGAUUAGAUAGGCCUGUAUUGAAAUGGAUAUCGGUAUCGAAGAAGGAACCGCAUAUAUUUAUGAGGACGAUAUUGAUAAAGCUUUAGCAACUAUUUAAAAUGCUCUAGUGGUUUUGCAAGUAGCUUUAGUAAACUUGAAGAAACUAAUCGAGAUGCAACAAAUCAAAGUUGAGAAAGAAGUUAAUUUGAUUCAGGCUCAAAAUAUCUUCUCAGCUGAGAACUUAAAUCAAUAUAAGCAAGCAACUGUGAAAAAUUAAUAGUAAUAAAAUUAAGCAGAGUAGCAGUUUUUAUAACUCCAAAAUGACCUUAAAAGCAAGAUAAUUUCCCUAUCAGUUGCAAAAGACACCCCUGAGUAAUAUAAAUUACUGCACUAUAAAAGAUACUAAGCUAAACUGACAUUAUAAUCCUGUGCCAUUAAGUCAUAGCUAGAAUAGCAUGAUAAGGCACUGAUUGGUGCUAGACAAGGAUUGAAAACUUGCAUUUAAGUCUUUAAUUGCAGCUAUAUAAUGUGUAAAUCUGAGAUAUAGCAGACAAUAGGUAUAGAAAAUAUUGAUCCUUAAAAUAAAUCAUCCAAUAAGCCUAAGGCUAAGAGCAUGGUGACAAAUAAUAAUCUCAAUCAAACCAAACUAAAAGAAUCUUAAUACUAAUAUUAAAGUAAGCAAAAAAGCAAAACACCUCAGAAAGAAUAAUAAAAGAAGCAAAGUUAUAAAAGAGCUGAUAAUGGCUCCAAAAUUUCAUAAAGGAGGCAGAGUCAUGAUCCAAAGCCUGUCAAAUUAUUACUUAGAAAUCAUAAUUUGAGGAAGACUAGCUCUCCAGAUCCUAGUAUCAUUUAAGGAGAUAAUUCUAAAUUCUAUCGAAAGGGAGGAUCAAAUACUUCUCACUCACCUUACUCAGCAUACUCAUAUCACUCUAAUGGUUCUGAUAGUCCAAAAAAUAGAAUCUUAAAACCAAAAAUGUAAAAGCUUGGCUUAGGUUCUAGAAAGUCAUCGAUUAAAUCAACUUUAAAAUUUCAUUUAAGUGGAAGUGAGGAUGAAUAAAGUUUAGAGAGAAUUCACACUUUCAAUCUUAAGAAUGAUUUGAAAUUGGCAGAUAUUUUAUCAGCAAAAAAAAGAGAAAAUGCGCAAAAUUAGAAUAAAGAAAAUGAAGACAUAGGUGAUGAUAAGAUAUCUCCAUAGAAAAUAAAAUAAUUGAUGUUGUAUAAAGAGCUAGGACCUGCCUUAACAAAAAUCUCUGAUGAAAAGUAAAUGUCUUUGAACUCACCCACAAAUUAAGACCCUUUAUUGUAAUCAAUAUCUACAAGAGAUUAAUUUACAUCACCAAAACUCAACAAGAAUAUAAUGACAACUGAAGACAGAAUUAAAAAGAAGAAAUCAAGGCAGACUGUUGGGCCUAUUAAUUGCUAUGUAGAGGAGCAAGCCAGAGUGCUAGAUUCUUUUAUGUAUGAUUCAUAUCAGAUUUUUAAAUCUCUAAUAAAAAGGCUCAACCAUUUUCUAUUGUUUACUCAAAGUAAAUAGCCUGAGAAUUUCCAGGAAUUUGAAGAUAAUUGUGUCUUAAAGCAGUUUCUGGAAGUUAAAAAAUCCUUCAAAAGUAAUUAAUCGUAAAAAAACCUAAAAUUUGUUAAAAAUUUCGCAAGUUAAUAGCAUGUUGAUGCUCUAAGGAAGAAUGAUAAGUAUAAAUAUGCUGGGAGAAAUGUAUUGGGUGUGCGAUAAAUAGAUGAUUGGAUUAAUAGUCUAGAAAUUGGUCAUGUGAUGUAGCUUAACCCAAUGACAGCAUAAGAAUUAACAUAAACAAUAAAUAAACAUCAUGAGUUUUAGAAAGAUCCUAUGCUGGAAAAAUUAGUGCUCCUAGUAGUAGCGUUUUUUUCUAUUGGUACAGAAAUGAGAUUAGUUGUCCAAGAAGAUAAAUCUAAGGAUCUCUUUAAGUAAAGCGAACUAUGGCAUGCUUAAUCAGUAUUUUUCGGAUCAUACUAUAUCCCAUCUUAAUGUCCACUAGUUACACAUGUAAUAAACAGCUAUUUCAAGCAUUAUGCAGAUAGCUAAGAAAGUAAAAUUGAGAGCUUAUAGAUUCCUAAUAAUCAUGAGGGGUAGGAUACCAAAAGAUAGAGGGAUUAAUAAGGAAAAGUUAAAUAGAGUAAAACAAUACUAUAGAAGUAUUUGAUAAAGCAGAUAGUUCAUAAUCAAAAAGAUGGAAAGAGCUCUCCAAAAUAUAAUAAUCUCAUUACAACGAUUAGUGAUGAAAGAAGAGGUUCAGGCUAAGGACUAAAAAUAAAAAGAGAUCUAUCCUAAAGAGAAACUAGAAAGAAGAGUAAGACUAAAGUAGUAAAACUCCAAAGAGUUUCUAAAGAGAGAUCUAAAAGUCCAGCAACUUAUACUCUCUCUUAAGAAAAUAAAUCAAUUACCAAGAAGAGAUAACCUACUCCAGAAAAGAAGAAAACUAUUAACUAAAAUAGCUCAAAGAUAAACUUACUAAAAGGGUUUUUAACUAAUACAAUAUAAAAAGAUUAGUUAAAUUGCUCCAAUAAAAAAUCUGCCAAAAAAUCAAAAUACAAUAUGUUUGAUGGAUCUAUUGGAAAAAAUUCAUCAACUAAUAAUUAAGAAAUUAUAAGUAUUAAUGUACCAGUGAAUCUUGAACAUUUGAGCUAUAGAUAUGAUGCAUCUCAGAAUCAUGAUUAUACAAAUUCCUGUAAAAAUUAAACUCAGAGGAAAUUUUUGUUUGUCCCAGAGGAACUUUCUGAAAUAACUAGCGAUAGGGAUUACGAGAGAUUUAGAUUUGAUCUUCCUAUGCAAACAAACAAGAGGGUUACAAUGCUUAAGAAUAUAUAAAGCUAAAGUGAUCUUAAUUUUUAUAAUAACAAUCACCUUUCCAGUUCAACUUAAAGACGUGCAUCAUUGAAUUCAACGCAAAAGAAACUCAUAGUUUCUAAAAUAACUUAGUAAAGGACUAAAACUCCUAGUAGAAAUUCUCUGCAAAAAACAAAUAGUGCAAAAGUUGGGAUCUAGUUAGCCAGUAGGUAAGGGAUCAAUGAAAUACUAGAAAAAUAGAGAGUUAAGCAAUUAUAGACAUUCACGAGAUUGUAAUAGAAUACUAAUCAUUAAUCAAGAUUUAUUAAUGGAUAGGAUACACUUAUGUCUAGAGAUAUGAUAAAUCAAGUAGGCUCUACAGAAAGAUUUCAAAAUUCUAAAACAAUUUAGGCUAAUAUAAAUCAGAUGAAUAGCCCUCUGAGCAAUACAAACCAUUAGUACCCUAACUGCUAUAUAAUUGCAUCUCAUGGAAAUAUCUAACCUUUAAAGGCAAGCAAUAAAAAAAGAAAGAAAGAUCCCAAAAUAUAUGGGAAUGGUAACAUAGCACUCAACGCAGCAGACAAAAAAAAUAAAACAGAUCUAAGAAAAUAUAUAAAUAUUUGA